CACCUGACCAUAGGAAAUUUAACCUCAUCGGUUUUCCAGCAUACCGAGUUGAAACCAGCAGGCCUCCUACUCCAUCUUCUUCUCCUCCUCCUCCUCCUGCCUUCCUUUCUGUCUCGCCCCUUCCUUGUUAAUGACCGCUUUUUGUUGGCCGACCUUCAGGCCCCUCUAAAUUAGAGCUUCCUCUAUCACCGCUGCCCGUUUACUUCAGGUUUUCUUUUGAUUUCUUCGUUAUGCAUCCCGGUGGUGAUCCUUGAGAUAUGUGUUCGGGUGAACGUUGAUCGAGAGCAUCUCAGGGGGGUAGGCUUGGUGUCAUGGUAUCGGUUCUUCUUGGGCAGAUAAAUAUCUUAUCUGGGUGCUUCGAAUUGCCCGCUUGAGGGAUCACAUGAACUUCGUGUGGGGCAGGAAGGGCAGCUGGAGUAAGCCUCCUCCUGGAUCCAGCAAGAGAACGAAACCAAGGAAUGGGAAGCUCUGUCCGGCUCUUGGUUUUGUCUGCUGUAUGGUAUUCAUGUACAUGGCAUUUGGGGCCGUUAAGUUGCGCACCCAAGAACCUAGAUCGAGCUUCGUCAAGAGGAAUGGCACCCAUUUCAUGGUGGAUGGGAGAGUGUUCUACGUGAAUGGGUGGAACUCCUACUGGCUGAUGGAUCAAGCUGCGGAGGCGUCCAGCAGAUCGAGGGUCACCGAGAUCUUUCAAACAGGGGCAAGAAUGGGGCUCACCGUCUGCAGAACUUGGGCCUUCAAUGACGGUGCCGACCAUGCCCUGCAGGUUUCCCUCGGCAUCUUCGAUGAACGGGUCUUCGAGGCAUUGGAUUGGGUCAUUGUGGAAGCACAAAAGCAUGGGAUCAGGUUACUUCUUAGCUUGGUGAAUAAUCUGCAGCUCUAUGGUGGGAAGACACAGUAUGUUAAGUGGGCACGGGAAGAAGGAUUCGGUUCGAGUUCCACAAAUGACUCCUUCUUCUUCGAUCCUUCCAUUCGUAGUUACUUCAAGAUUUAUCUGAAGACGAUAUUGACGAGGAAGAACCACUUGACUGGAACCGAGUAUCGAGAUGAUCCAACGAUCUUCGCUUGGGAGUUGAUGAACGAGCCGCAAUGUACGUCGGAUGCAUCAGGUGACACUCUCCAGGAAUGGAUUGAGGAAAUGGCGGAGUACGUGAAAAGAAUCGACAAGAAACACCUGUUAACUGUUGGACUCGAGGGAUUCUACGGAGCACCAAGUCCUCCGGAGAAGACAAAAGUCAACCCCGGAAAGUCGUAUGGUGAGCUGGGAUCAGAUUUCCUGCGCAACUCGAAAACUCCCGACAUCGAUUUCGCAUCUGCUCAUAUCAACCCUGAUAACUGGUUGAUGGACGCAAAUUUGACUGAGAAAACAGACUACGUUUCCAAAUGGGUGACAUCUCACAUUGAAGAUGGCGAGAAAGAGCUCAACAAGCCAGUCUUGUUCACAGAGUUCGGCCUCUCCGACAAGAACAAGAACUUUGACCACUCACAUCGAGCGACAUUCUACAAAUCCAUCUACGACACCAUCUACGAGUCUGCGCUGAGGAAUGGAGCUGGAGCAGGCACCUUCAUCUGGCACUUCUUGGUGGGAGGAAUGGAGAAGUACACCGACGAUUUUGGGAUCAUCCCAGGGGAAACACCUUCCAUCGAUAGGCUGAUAAAAGAGCAAUCUUGCCGCCUGAUAACACUGCAGCAUGGGAAGGAUUUGCCAGAGAGAAGCUCUACAGUUUGCUAAGGACUUGGUAAGAUGUCUUCCCCUUCCUCUUCCUUCAACAAAAUCCUUCUCGUUGGAGGACUGAUGUUUGAGUUACAUAGUGUCCAGAAACCGGUGCAGAUACGGAUUUCUCCAUUAUUCUUGUUUCCUCAUCCUCACACAUUUCUUGGGCAUGUCUAGCUAUUUUGCUGAACAUAGAACUGCAUACUUGAAUGGGGUUGGCGCAAACUA